ACGUGUUAGGGGUUUCCCUGUUUUUUCCUUUUAGUUCUGUAUAAAAGAUAUUACACACUCCUUCCUGUGUGUCUGUGUCAGUGAUGAGGUGCAUUAAUGCUUUGUUCUUUAUCCUGCUCCUCACUUUUGGUGUAGGAGUCAGAAGUGAUGAGAGCAAUGUGGAUCGCGUGACCCGCACUAUUUGUGGCGAAGAUGCACUUUUGCACUGCAUGGCCACGUCCAAGCCUGGAGUCCAAUACCGCAAAGUCAUAUGGUACAAGGUCAAUGAGGCUUCCUCUCAUCAGUUAACUGGUCUAGUGAUGAAGAGGCUCACACAUCAUAACAGUACUGUUCAAAAAUAUAAAGGUGUGGAGCGGGAUUUGAAGCUGUUAGAGGAUUCCCAGAGCCUCAUUUUGCCUAAUGUGACGUUGCAAGAUGCUGGGAGAUACCGGUGCCUUCUGCAUGCUCCCCUUGGUCAUCAGAAUCAGAAGGGAGAGGUUCAUCUCACAGUUUACGAGGGUCCAAAUGAUAAGGAUGGAACAUCAAAGAAACAAUAUGCAAUUUAUGAAAUAGUAGCCAUCAUUUUACUUAUAGUGACGUUGCUGAUGAUGUAUGUAAAUUAUACAUGUCUAAAGCAUAGAUCAGUAAGCAACAAAUGCAGGCUCUCACAAAAAACAUCAAAGAAAAUUCAUCAACUUAAGGACACUAUCAUUAAAAUGGAAUCAAAAGGAAUUGUAUGCACGGUUUUGCCUCAGGAGUAUGUGUGACACUACAAUCUUCAUAUUCUGGUGAUCAACUAAGAGACAUAGAAGAGGAAAAGAGGACAUCAAUGAAUGAAUGAAAAAUGGUGCUAGGUUAACAUUGUCUACUAAGGAGAUAUUGUUCAGAACUGAACUUGGAUUUGUGACACAUGUGAUGUCCCUUCCAGGGUGCUGUACCUCCUGGAGUGCUAAACAUUUCAGUGGUGUCAGGAGGGGAGGAGGAGGAAAUAAGAGGUCCCAUUCUUUUAGUUCAUAUAAGCUAAAAAUGCAGCCUUGUACUUUGCACUGAUAUGGGAUAAAAAAAACCCUACUUUAACGAGUACACUGUCUUAAUCAUUUUGAGCUAAAUCUGUGGUAUUACAUUUGUUUAUUUAGUGACAAUUUAAGACGAGAUAAGCAAUUAGCUAACUGCAAAUUUAUUUAGUUAACUGAGUAAGAAGGUGUCAGUUAGCUUUGUACCAUGUGCAUACACUACUGUUUGUUUUUAUACCUUAAUGUUUAACUUACAUG